CGGCAAGGGACGCCACUCCUCAAUCCGUCGACGACCGCUGGUCGGCCUCUGCCACCGUCUCGCCCGCACCUCCGAAACCUGAAUCUCAUCCGUCGAGGAUCGCCGAGAGCAUCUGUGCUUCUAAUGACUGAAAAAGUGAUCAAAGAGGCCGUCACCUCCACUCCUGCACCAACACAACCGAAAUGCGAAGACCUGACAGAUGCUGCUCCACUAGCCAUGGAUGGUAGCAGCAUGACACCUGUUGUUAGGAGGAAGGAGAAGCCGGUCCCGCGUUACCUACGAGCACCCACCAGCUCUUGCCAUGACAGCUGCAAGUUUGGGAUCAAGCCUUCCUCGGAACCCAACAAGUACUGGCCUGCUAGUCGCAAGCAAUUGCGCCGUGCGAGCACUUGGAGCCAGCAGGAACUCGAGAGGGUUCAAAUCGUACCAACACAAAAAAUCAGACCAAGAAAGGAGGACCAGAAGCUCAAGAUUUCUCAGGUAAAAAGUGGUAGCAGUACUGCUCCUGCUAAGCAUGAAUUCAUCACCCUGAAAGCAUCACUUGAAAAGGCACCUGAUCAUUCUGAAAGCAAUCCCCACGUGCAAGAUUCGUCAGCUGAAGCAUCUGAACUUGUGGCUGGAACUCCGCCAAUUGAUGCAGAAUGCCUUGUCGUAUCUCAUAAUGAUGUGACAGACCGUGGAAAUGGGGAGUCGUUGGAUGGAGCUGAAAGCAUUGAGCUGGAGAUGCCAUUAGCUAUCCAGGAGAUCGAUGAAUCUGACGAACACAUUGAGGAGGAGGAUACCACUCUGCCUGCUGACAGUGUAUGCGAAGUUGAGGAACAGCCACAUGUGGGUCCUGUGCCUGAUCGAUCAGAAAAUGAGUGUGCAAGUUCAGAUAUCAGGACUCCUCAUACUGUAAAAGCCUCUAAGAAGCAUGAACAAUCCUUGCUUGGGGCUAAAUCAGAGAGUCUGCCGAAGGGGCCUGGAAAACUGAAGGCGAAGGACAUAUUGAUGAGUAUGACGAGAGACAAAGGCGCAAGUCAGAAAAGUGGAAGAACAUCGCAUCUGACAUCUACUCAUACAGCAGUCGACAGCUCCAGUGGACCAAAGACAACAAGAACACCUGCAGAUGUUACUUCUACCACCAAGUUCAGUAACCCAGAGAGAAAAAUCAGGCCUACAGUUACAUCAGCUGUGAAAAAAGUUAAGGAGAUCAAGUCACCCCCAGCAUAUGUCACAAAGGGUUCAUCUGCGGAACCUUCUAGAUUGGCAAAGCUAACGGGUUGUACAACAAAAACUCUGUCAUCCCCAUCACUUACUUCAGGGAAACGUACCGACAGAAAGAAGACAGGGAACAAAGUUGGCAACAAUGCUCAAAUCCUUCCAAGGAAGAGAGAAGACAAGGUUAAAACAGGUCCACUGAAACUGUCUCGAUCUAUAAACAUGUCUAGCAAGUUUCUCUCGAGUGUUAAGCUGAGAACAGUCAGAAAAGAGAAAAUUGCUCCCCCAAUCAAUAGCAGCAAAAAGGUUUCUGGAACAGAAAAUUCGAGAAUUCUGAAGACGGCUUCACCGAGAGUGCGCAAACUGGAGACUAAAGAGAUCGGACCUGACAAAGAAAAAAUUGACACUGCAAGGAGAUCAAAGCCUGCCCCGCCCACCCUCUCGAGCACCGUGCUGCCAGUGCAGUCGCCUCGCAAGCUGACGUUCCGGCGGGGCAAAGUACUGAACCCUGAAGAGAACAGUGGCUGCACCCCGAGACGGCUCCGGUUCAGGCCUUCCGUAGCCAUGGCAGACGCGGCAUCCAGGAACAGAGGCGGCAGGAUCACAAGCAAGAGGAGCGGCGGCGGCGGCGCUGUAGCGACAGACCCAGGUGCCGAGGUCGUUGUGCUGCGGCGGCAGGACGGGAAGGAGACAAAAAAGCAGGAGCCAGGGCUGUUCAACAACGUGAUUGAGGAGACGGCGAGCCGGCUCGUCGCUGAGGCGAGAAAGAGCAAGGUGAAGGCACUCGUUGGCGCGUUUGAGACCGUCAUCUCGCUGCAGGAAACCAGCAAGGCUGCUGCUGCUGCUGCUGCUCCAACUAUGGCAGCAGGUGUCGUGCCAUGAGCACUUCUUGAUCUGAAGUGUGCGUGAUCACAAUUUUUGGAGUUUUGGACUUUUUUGUUUGGUUGUUAGUGCCGUAAAAGUGGCGCUUGUUGAAGUUUGGUCGUUCCUAUGUAAACUGAAUUUUCUUCCGUGCUUUGGUAGUGCAUAAAAAAAGAAAGUUAUAGGUUGUGUCUGUGUAAGGCUUGGCAUUAUACUAAUAAGUGAUAAGUAAGCAACUUAUUGUAAUGACUAGUGCCCGUAUGUUGCAACAGGAAUAUGUAAUACAAAGAUAACUUAUAUAUAAUACCAAGAUAAUUUAUGU